CGACGCGUGCUGAGGCUCUUGCCAUGGUCAAGAAGGUCGGCGAGCCGUGCACGCUCUACUGCAAGGGCCGUAUCCUCGGAUACAAGAGGAGUAAGGUGAACCAGUACGAGAACCAGUCGCUCAUCAAGAUUGAGAAUGUCAACUCGAAGUGCGACACGGAGUUUUACAUGGGCAAGCGGGUGGCCUACAUCUACAAGGCCAAGCGGGAGAUCAACGGCAGCAAGUUCCGGGUCAUCUGGGGCAAGGUCUGCAGGGCGCACGGCAACAACGGCGUGGUGCGCGCCAAGUUCCGGAAGAACCUGCCGCCCUCGUCCAUCGCCGGCCCGUGCCGGGUCAUGCUCUACCCGUCUCGCAUCUAGAGUCGCGCCGCGCGCUAGAGAGACGUGAAUGUGCCCUCAUCCCUUUCCCGCGAGUGACGAGACCGAGGCGCGCAAAUAGAUAGCUUCUCGGUCGUUUGUGUCAUGUAUAACAGCCCGACUGCACGUU